AUGAGUUUACCGAGCGGUGUGGACGUCUCGUCGCUGAUGCAGCAGCACCCGGUGCUCGGGGCGCUCCCGCCCGCGUUCUUCCUCCGCGCCAGCGAGCGCUACCAGCGAACCCCCAAGUGCGCCCGGUGCCGCAACCACGGGGUCGUGUCCGCCCUCAAGGGCCACAAGAGGUACUGCCGAUGGCGGGACUGUGUCUGCGCCAAGUGCACGCUCAUCGCCGAGCGGCAGCGGGUCAUGGCCGCACAGGUCGCCCUCCGGAGGCAGCAGGCCCAGGAGGAGAACGAGGCCAGGGAGUUGGGGCUGAUGUACAACGGGUCCUCCACGGCGGCCCCCAGGGACCCCCCGGCCCCCCAGCAGCUCGCCUUGCUGCCCGCGUUUCCGGGGAGCCCCGAGGCGCAUAGCCCGCCAGUUUCGAAACGAGCAAAAAUGGAGUCUGAAGUGGAAGAGGAGGAGGAUGCUGGAAGCGAAAAAGGACAGUCGAGGAGCAGGAGCAGAUCCCGGAGUUUGACCCCUCCGAACGCCCGAACGUCCCUGCCGUCCCCGAACCGCCCCUCACCCUCCUCGCCGCAGAUCGAGUCCCGCAUGAGCCCUCCACAGACCGAG